GUGCCAUGCAUGUAAUGAAGGAACCGCUGGUGCUUCCUGGUUCGGCCUGGCUGUGGCAGUAACGCCGCAAUAGGUCGAAGUUGUGAACGCCGAAGCACAACAGCAGAAUGGUGACGUUAGUCCACUGCAAGAAGUACCGUUGGUAGUCCGUCGAUUCCCCUUGUUUCCCCGUCGCGAACAAGCUAACUAGCUCCACUGCAGAGAUGGAGGCUGCAGGAGGAGACGAGGGAAUGGACGUGCAAGGGGAAGCGGCGUUACCCGGCUUUCCUGCGCACCAGCACGCCUCCGCGAAGCCGGUGUGGGCCUCUCUGGAGGAAGCAGCCCGAAUGAAAACCGAGGGGAACGCCUUCUACAAGGAUAAGAACAUUCGCUCGGCCAUCGGACGCUACCACCGAGCCCUGCUGGUUCUGCGAGGCCUCGACCCCGACGUGAUGGUGUCGGUGAAGGGGUUAGGACCGGAGAUGCCCGCUCUCUCCCCCGAGCAGGAGGCCUCGCUGAGGAGCACGCAAGGGGACUGUUACAACAACCUGGCUGCCUGCUUGCUGCAGAGGCCGAGUGUUGACUACUGCCGCGUGCGGGACUACAGCCUGCGGGUGCUGCAGUGGCGGCCCGGUGACGUCAAAGCGCUGUACAGGGCGGGAGUGGCCACGCUGGAGAUGGGAGAUGCUCACAGUGCCAAACGGUACCUGACCCGGGCCUGCAGGGAGCAGCCCAAUGGUAGGAAGAGUCGUCCACAGCCCACCCGUUUUCACAAAUCAUUUAAGAGAUGCCAAUGUGAGAAAACACCUGCAGAGGGUCGAGGAGAAACUGAGUCAGGAUUUACAAAGAGAGAAGGCCAUGUACCGAGGCAUGUUUUCCUCCAGCAUGAAGAGCGGCUCUGAGGAAGAGAUUAACCAAACCCACCGAGGCGGUGAAGGAGUUUUAGCCGAGCAGCUAAACGCACCAAAUGAAGCCUCAAACUGAGACUCUGAUCCGCCUCAACUGAUUACAAACCAACUAAAGAGUGUUUCCACAUCUUAACCUGUGUUUAUUGGUUGAGCAUAGGAAAGAAAGAAUCAAACCUCAGAAUACUGGGAGGCGAUCAAAAUUAAACGAAAGAUGUCGCUGCUCAAAAUAGGAGAAUCUGGAGAAGUUUGUUUCCUAGCAACACAGAUGCAAAGCUCUAAUGAGUUUGGAUGUUUCUCAAAAGCCUCUGAGAGCUAAAGUCAGACUCGUAAUGCACUAAGUUCAUAUUAUACAUUAUUGCAGAUGUCUGGUCAGAACUGUGAAUGCAAUUUUGUGAGUUUUCUGGUAAAAUAUAUUUUUUUU